AUGGGACAAGUUUACAGCUCCUAUAAGAUGAAGAAAAGAGAAAAAGCUGAUCGCAAAAAGUAAGAGUUUGCGUUUUUGUAAUCUGCUCAAGAUUAUUUGCCAAACUCAAAAAUCUUUUUUCAAGAUGAGGAAUGACCUGUUCAUUUUUUGGCAUGUUUGGUUUUUUCAUGCUUUUACUCUUCAGGCGUUUGCGAGAGUUUUUCCUUUAAAUCCAAACCGAGAGGAAAUCGCAAUUUUUCUUUCUUAAAUUUGCUCGCUUUUGGUCCCGUUUUUAUUUUGUGCGUUAAUUUCUGAUCAUCCUUUGAGAACCAAGGAGGAACUUAUCCAGACGGGAAAUGCUUUGCCUAUUUUUUUGAUUAUAGAGGCCAUCUGGCAGUUACGCGAGGUACAUCUACGGCCUGGUUCCCAUAACGGACGAUUCUGAUUGGUGAAGUGAACUGCAUUCUCUAAGAGAGUAUCGGAUUAAUAAUAAUUGCUAACUGGGGCUAUGAAGCUUAGCUCACGUUGGCAAUAGGUACUGAAAAGAAUUACUCAGUCAACAACAAUGCCCUUAUUUUAAACUGCAUAGAUUUUCUGUUCUAUUUCUCAGGUGGCAAAGAGAGCAGUUAAAGAAAGCAGCAGAAUGUAUUGUUCGUCUUCAGGAAGAACAACAGCGUUUAACUGAGUACGUUGACUAAAGUCGCCUAAAAUGACAUGUUACCAGCCAGCAGAAUUUAAAUGUCUCAUAUUUUAACUAGAAACUAAUUAGGCAGACGUCGGACAGUUUCAAACAAAGAACUGGAUAAAGGGGUGGGGGUAGAGAUGUAGGGCCGUGGAAAAGGAUGAAAUAAUUCAAUUUAAGUCGUCUUCUCCACUCUGUAUUCUUUACCUGCGACCCCUUUAAGGUGAGAUCACGGUAACGCCCAGUGUUUUUCCUUAUUUUCUAGAAUACUCGAAGAGCAUUAUGUGUAUCAGCCGGACUUACGUCUAGAGCCUAGAGAUGGCAAAGAAUGCAAAACUAUCGAAAUGACGGAAGAAGUUGAAGCUUUGGAGAGAAAACUUUUCCUUGAAGAAACUGCACUCGAUGUUACAGACGAGAGAUGCAACUUUCUGGACAGAAAUCUAAGGUAAGGAUAUGUACGUCAAGAAAACUUUAGUAUCGCUCCGGGCUCUCUCAGAUGUCCGUUUCUAUUAGGCCCUAUUGAUAGUUCGUUACCUGUCCAUAGGUUUGGAGAGACCUUUGGGUACUUUUGCCGCGAAAUACUUGUUGAAUGUCAGAUUUUAUUAGGAACCGUUCAUUUUUUAUGGGGUAGGGGGGGCUGGUGGGAUUUGGAGGAGUGUAAUUUGAAAAAUGUAUGACCCCCCCCCCCCAAUUUCCGAUUUUUUUCGCAUGCCCCCCCCCCCUCAUCAGAGUAAUUUUUUGGAAGGCACCCCCCCGCCCGAUGAAUAAAAAAAUACAUAAGGUAUUAAAAAAGUUACUGCAUUAAAAUUUCGUUUUGUUACAUUUCACGUAAUUUAGUGAAAGAAAGCUGAAAGCUAGAAAGCUGUUUUUAACAAAUCCUCACUCAAAAGAAUGAAAAGUCAAUUUCAGCUCUUCUUGUUACUGCUCGUCCUGAGCGUGUUGUAGCUGGCCGCUCGUCUACAUAUUCCUCGUCUGAGGUGAUAAAAGCAAGAACGACAUCAUUUGAGUCGUCUUCAAAGUCAGGGGCAUCACUCUUGUAAUCAUCAUCAGUUUCUUCUCCCUCACUGCUUUCACCACUGCUGUCUAGUUGACCUGAUUCAUUGCUGCCUCUCACUUCGGCUUGACCUGUUCUGAGAGUAUUCAUCUGCAGGAAGUGUCCCAUAAUUGUCUUCACUUUGUCAUUCUUGCUGCUCUUCUGAUGCUGUUUUAAUAGCCCAUGAUGUUGUAAGUAUUUGUUCAAUUCUGGCACUCGGAGCUUUUUUAGCUUGGCGGCAUCUUCGCACAAAGUAGCCCAAUGAUAAUCAUCAUAGGACUUUUCUCUUGCCUCCCUACUUUCCCUUGCCCUUUCCGCCAGUCUCUUCUUUUUUUUAAACUCUAUGACCUCAAGAUGCUGGAGAUAGUCAACCACAAACUUUGGUUUCACAAUGAAUUUGUCUCCAAAUCUAGCUACGCUCUCUGGGUCAGACAAAACUACGCUACCACUGGCAUGUGCCUUUUUCAACUGGACUCUUGGUUGCCAAUCGUCUGGAUCACGCCCCUCAUUUGGGGUCUACUGAUAAGGAAGGUGGUGGUACUGUGGAAGGCAAGCAUGAUCAGGAAAUAGUUUCGGGCAUCUCCCUAUAGGUGGUCCAGUCCAUUCAAAACAAAAAGAACAGACUUGUCCUACCUUUACUCCACAAGAAAACUUCAGAAACUCCCUGUAGUUCUCACCCUCCUCAUAAUGUUCGUUAAUAAACUUCUCUAUUUUCAGGAAGUAACUAUGGCCUGGAACAGAGUCUUUCCUAGCUCCUGCAUUGUGGAACUGUACCAGGUACGAUGUGUUGUGAAAAAAUUGAUAAUCUAUGGAAACCAAAGAAAAGAUAAUUUUAAGCAUGUAUAGUAAUAUUAAAUUAUUUAAAGACAGUUUUCAUAAACACAUAAAUAUCCAUUCAAUCGAACAUUUUUUUAUGCUUUCACUUUCAUGUUGUGCAGUAAAUCUUGCAGAUUACUAUGUAGAUCUAGAAGUUUUAAAUCUUUCAAAUGUUGCCAAUUAAUGAGAUUUCAAAAAUCAGGAAUCUGUAGUAUACCCUAUUUACAUAUGUACAUUCUGUUUACUGGGUUACCUGGUCUGGGUGUCACAUGGGCUGAAAUGUAUCCGUGAGGUCCUGGUGCUUCGUCACCACGAUCACACACCUCUUGAAAACGCAAACGGUUUGAAAACAACAUCCUACGCGUGUAUCAUAUCUGCGUUACAAAUCCCCUUUCAAAAGAGCUUCCCAAUUGUCUUCUUUAUCCUCCCUCCAUGACAAUUCCGGAAGCGUGCAUAAACGUUGAAGAUGUAGCAGCAUUGUUGCUAACACGGGAUGCAGCAUUCAUCGCUCACCUACUGCAAUCAAGCUACUUCAGCAACGCGGCACAAAGCAGGCUUAUUACCAACCUUAAGCCAGAAGUAAGAAACAGGAUGUAUUGCUUCCUGUAUCCUGAAGAUUAUAGCUCAAACGUCGGAGACACGAACAAAGAGGAAGAAGAAAACGACGAAGAAGAGGAAGACAACGAAGAAGAACAGGAGGAAGAAGAAGAGCUAAGAAGAGGAACACAGCGACGACGAGAUCGAAGAGAACGUCGAAAAUGAGGAAGGGGACACCUCGUAGUAGUUUCAUGCCCCUCCCAUUAAAUUUCUCAGAGAAAAGCUCUGGUAACGAGGUCAGUUCCAAUUCAGGACUCAAAUUAUUGGUUUUAAUUAUAUGAGCUUGACAACAACAUUUUUAUGAAUGAAAAGAAAGUUGUUGCUAUUCAAGACUGUUAUUAUGGUAUGUUCAUUGUCCUUAUAAAAUAUAAAAGCUGUUGAGAAGUUUUCUUGUUACCCUGGAACUGUUUUAGCAUAUUUGUUAUAAAUAAAAGAGCAAAAUUUUUCUUCGAUUUGUAAACAUCUCUUAUCCUAUUUUUAAUCUGAUUUUUUCGUCCGACCCCCCACCCUUUCCUUCAUUUUUUUUCGGCUGGCCCCCCCUUUCAAGCCAAUUUUUUUCGAGUGGCCCCCCCCCCCAAAUCCCACCAGCCCCCCCUCUCUCAUAAAAAAUGAACGGUCCCUUAUAUGGCUGAAUCCGCGAGCGGGCAAGAUGUAGUGUAUCCCGCGUUCUGAUUGGCUACCCAAGCGAGCAAGAUAUGGGCCCAUCUUGCCGGCUCGGGAUUUCCCGCGUUGGUCCCGCAAGAAAAUCUUUUCUUUUUGGCCAUUUAAUAAAUCCUUUAUUGACCAAGCUUGUUUGGUCAAUAUGGCUGUAUAUUGGCCUUGUUCUUUUUUGCAUUUUUAUUGACCUCUCGUCUGGUCCAUAAAAACGUAAAAAGGAAAAAUCCAGCCGUCUUGACCGACUAGCUUGGUCAAGAACGCAUAUAAACGUUCAGAGUCGCGAUCGAAUUUCAGGAUUUAUCCUGGGCUUUGGAAAAUUUGCAAAUAAAAAAAGCGUGCAAACCAAAAAAGGUAAAGUUUUUCACUGCUGACACUUUCAUCUAGGGAAGGUUCUAAAUACCUAAUCAGCCGGGUCUCCUUUAUCUUACAAUGGGUGUCUGACCGCCCUCUUGCCAAAAUUUCAAAAUGGUCCCUUUUCAUGUUAUCACCACUUGAGAUGACAUGGCUGGCAAUAGCAGAUGAGUGGUUGCUACAUGUAAUGGAUUUGAUGGAAUAUAAAUUCUACUGAAAAGACUGAUCGAGAAUCCACUACCUGGAAAUCCGAAAUCUACAGAGUGGAAUCCAGAAUCCUAGACUGUCUUGGAUCAACCUCGUUCCCAAGGUUCUGUCCAGGAGAGAGAACCUGGGAACGAGGUUGGUGUUGGAUUACCCAGAAGUCGUCACGUCACGUUGCCAUAGUAGCAAAAUUUUUGGAUGAUAACAAACCGAUAAAGUCACUUAAAAGUCUAUUCGCACUAUUUCAAACUUCACCGAUCUUAUUCAAUUUCAUUUAAUUUGGUAAAUCUUGGCGAAAUUUUCUUUGGAACCGUAUCUAUCGUUAUCUAAGUUUAAAAAAGGAAAGCGACAAUUUUUGUGCUUUGUUCACCUAUUCCAUAAAGCGGGCUCGAGAAAUGAGGAAGUUUCAUGUCGUAGUAUUUUUUGCCGUUCUCCUUGCCGUCGCGGUCGUCGUCGGUUUUGUUUUCAUCCAGAAAUAGUGCUACCAUGGUAACGUGACGUCACACUUUUCCUCUCUAAUUGCCUCUUGCAUAAUUUGAAAGGUGCCCCAGGUCCCGGGGAAAAGUACUUAGUUAACCUAUUUGUAUUUUGUUCCUUUGCAGUCUUCUUCAACAAAACCAACUUGAUCUUGAAUAUGAGCGACCAAGCCGUCAGAAAAACCUGGCUGCAUUAAGAAUUAAACACGAGGCUUGUCAGUUUAACCUGUAUCAGAAGGCAAACCCGAUUGAACAAUGGACUGUCAAAUCGCUCCCAAACCUGUGGUUUACUUCCUUCUAA